AUGUCUUCUUCGUUGCUGCAAUUUCCGGCACAUACAAUUCCUUCUCCGUUUCGAUCCACAGAUCGGCGGAGGAGGGUAACACCAGCGUCGGCGGUCCAAAUUACGAAGGAGAAGGGGAAGGUUGUAUCACCUUCGACGCUGUCGGUAGAUGAAUCAAGGCUGGAGGUGAGAGUGGAAGAGAGGGAAGGGUAUUGGGUGUUGAAGGAAAAGUUCAGGGAAGGGAUAAACGCACAGGAGAAGAUGAAACUGGUGAAGGAACCAAUGAAGCUUUUCAUGGAAGAUGGAAUUAACGAACUGUCACAGAUUUCUUUUGAAGAUAUUGAGAAAUCCAAGCUUUCUAAAGAAGAUAUCGAUUCCCGCCUUAAGUGGCUCGGCCUCUUCCACCGCAGAAAACACCAUUAUGGUAGAUUCAUGAUGAGACUGAAGCUGCCCAAUGGAGUGACAACCAGCGAACAGACUCGUUACUUGGCGAGUGUAAUUCGGAGAUAUGGUAAAGAAGGAUGCGCAGAUGUGACGACAAGGCAGAACUGGCAGAUUCGUGGGGUUGAGCUUCCUCAUGUACCUGAGAUCUUACAAGGCUUGGAUCAAGUGGGUUUGACAAGUCUCCAGAGCGGAAUGGACAAUAUUCGAAACCCAGUUGGGAACCCACUUGCAGGCAUAGAUCCACAUGAGAUAGUCGACACCCGACCUUACACCAACCUCCUCUCCCAAUUCAUUACAGGGAACUCUCGUGGCAACCCUGCCGUCACCAACCUGCCAAGGAAAUGGAAUGUUUGCGUGGUGGGUUCUCAUGAUCUCUUUGAACAUCCCCAUAUCAACGAUCUUGCUUACAUGCCGGCCACCAAGGAUGGACGCUUCGGCUUUAAUCUGUUAGUGGGUGGAUUCUUUAGCCCCAAGCGAUGUGCUGAGGCAGUGCCUCUUGAUGCAUGGGUCUCUGCAGAGGAUGUGAUCCCUAUCUGCAAAGCCAUAUUGGAGGCCUAUAGGGAUCUUGGUAACAGAGGGAAUCGCCAGAAAACAAGAAUGAUGUGGUUGAUUGAUGAACUCGGAAUUGAGGUGUUCAGAUCAGAAGUGGUGAAGAGGAUGGCAGGACAAGAGCUGGAGAGAGCAGCAGAGCAAGAACUGGUGCAAAAGCACUGGGAGAGAAGAGACUACUUGGGCGUCCACCCACAGAAACAAGAGGGCUUUAGCUUCGUGGGGCUUCAUGUCCCUGUGGGUCGACUUCAGGCCGACGACAUGGACGAGCUAGCUCGUUUGGCAGACAAGUAUGGCUCUGGUGAACUCCGUCUCACAGUAGAACAGAACAUCAUAAUUCCCAAUGUUGAGAACUCCAAGCUCGAAGCCCUGCUCAAGGAACCACUUUUGAGGGUAAGGUUUCUGCCUGAACCUGAAAUUCUCAUGAAAGGACUAGUGGCCUGCACUGGAAGCCAGUUCUGUGGUCAAGCCAUUAUAGAGACCAAGGCAAGGGCCUUGAAGGUGACAGAGGAGGUGCAGAGACAGGUUUCUGUGACUCAGCCGGUGAGGAUGCACUGGACUGGCUGCCCCAACACCUGUGCGCAAGUGCAGGUGGCUGAUAUUGGGUUCAUGGGGUGCUUGACUAGGGAUGAGGAAGGCAAGUUAUGUGAAGGAGUUGAUGUUUACUUAGGUGGGAGGAUUGGGAGUGAUUCCCAUUUGGGUGAUGUUUAUAAAAAGGCAGUCCCCUGUAAGGAUGUGGCAUCUUUGGUUGUAGACAUUUUGAUUAAUCGCUUUGGAGCUGUUCCUAGGGAAAGGGAAGAAGAAGAUUAGUGGUUACUAG